ACGACAAAAAUCAAUGUUACUUUAAUGAUGACAGCAGAAGAUAACGAUGAUAAACAAUACAAAAGGAUUCUUAUUAUCGGAGCAGGACCAGGUGGAUUAUGUCUAGCCCAAUCUUUAUUAAAACACAAUGAGGACAAAGGAAAAAAAUUUAAAGUAAAAGUUUUUGAAAGAGAUUCAUCACCAACAGGUUAUCAUAUAACAUUACAACCGACAGGAGUUCGAUCUUUAUUGUAUUGUGCACCUAAAUCUUUACAUGCAAAACUUCAACAAAUUGCAAUACCAGAUCAGAUUCCAAAAUUAGAAGAUAACACAUUUUCAAUGGUGGAUCAAUAUGGUAAAUUAUUAUUCUCACCGCCAAAUUUACAAGUCAAAAACAUAUUCGAGUUCUCCGAAAUAAAAGAUGAACCCACAGCACCAGUUAUUAGUUAUAGAGAUAGAAUUAGGGAUGUUUUAUUGGAAGGGAUUGAUGUGACUUGGGGUAAAAAAUGUAUUGGUUAUGAGGAAGUAGAACAAGGUGUUUGGGCUUUAUUUGAAGAUGGAACGAAAGAAUUUGGUGAUAUUCUGGUCGGAUGCGAUGGAAUUCAUUCAAAUAUUCGUAAACAAAAAUUACCAAAUUUAAAAAUUAAUAAUUUAGGACUUACCAUAGUUAUAUCAGAUAUAGCUCCUACUAAAAAACAAAUUGAUAGAUUAUUUUCAAUAAGCGGAAAUAGUUUAUGUAAACUAUUAUUGGGAACGAAAGGGGAUUUAAUUAUGUAUCAGAUGAGAUAUUUACCGAUUCAAUCCAAAACAGAUCCGUCAAAUAAGGAAGAUGAUAACACUCAUUAUAGAUUAACUAUUUCAUAUAGUUAUAAUUCUUUACCAGAAGAUGAAGUUGACAAACUUACUUAUAGAGAUGAUGAAUCACAUGAAUCGAAAUUUCCCAAUGAAGUAGAUCCCAAAGAUAUUAUAAACGAUGUUAAGGAGAAAUUAAGAAAAUAUCGUCCAAAUCAUGAGUUAACAGAUUUAUUAAUAGAGCUUUGGUCAUUGGUUCCUACAACGAAUGAUUCAACUAUUUAUUAUCCAUUUAAUACAUAUCAUAAACCUAGAAGACGACCAGUGAGAGUUAUUGAUCCAUGUUCAAUUGAAAAAUGGCCUACCACAAGAGUUACUUUGUUGGGUGAUUCAAUUCAUGCGAUGAGUCCUUGGCCUGGUUUAGGGACAAACAUUGCAAUGAAAGAUGCCUAUAAAUUAUCAGAGUCUUUAUUUAAAUGGAGUGAUGACGCAGCAGGUAAUGAUGAUUGGAAAAGUUGUAUUGAAAGGUACGAAAAUGAAAUGAGAUUAUAUGGAUCUGAAGCUACUUUAAUAUCUAUAAAUGAAACUAUGAAACUUCAUGUUAGAUACAAUA